CUCCUGUGCGUCUCGCCCCCCUGUGACGCUGCCAGUCUCGGUUUCUGCCUCCCGUUCAAUAGUCCCACCUACAUCCUUCAGUUUGUCAGUUUUCUAACCUCAUUACACAGUCCUCACUUUGGCUUGCAGCCUCUUAGGUGCGUAGGUGGGGAAAACAAAACACUCUCCUCCAAAAUGCACCUGCAUAGGUCGUGGGUACGCUCCUACCUGGCAGAUCGCCCUCCGAUGCAAUUAACCCAGGAAGACGAGUUUGUGCAGGACCCCACGCCGACCACCGCAGCAGCCCUCCAGUCGGACAGAAGCGCCGGAUCUCCGGCCAAAAUGUGCAGCGAGUGCUACGUGAAUCAGUCAUUUGUGAACGACGAUGGGACCGUGAGCGCCCAUAAGCAACGCUCUUCCCCUGCUCCACUUCCGACUAACACCAGCUGCAGCAGUGGAGUUAUCCUAGACAUCUCCUCGCUGAAGAUGGAGCAGAUGGAGAGCGAAGUGCCUCCGUUGCCGCCCCGCUUCCGCUUUAGAGACUUGCUGCUGGGAGACCAGAACUUCCAGAACGAUGACAGGGUGCAGGUGGAGUUUUAUGUGAAUGAAAACACCUUCAAGGAGCGUCUGAAGCUUUUUUUCAUCAAAAACCAAAGAUCAAGCCUCAGGAUUCGUGUGUUCAACUUCUGCCUGAAGCUGCUAACAUGUCUGCUGUACAUCAUCAGAGUGAUGACGGACAGACCCGGUCAGGGCACAGGCGGCAGCCACAGCUCAGUGCAGCAAAACGCUCCAAAUGGCAACAACAAAUGCGUCGACUGCCAGUGGAACGGAUCAGUGCAGGACAGAGAAAUUAACUGGGACUUGAUCUUCUGGGUGGAGAGGAAAGCUCCGGUCUGGGCCAUUCAAGUGAUCGUGGCCAUAAUCAGUUUCCUGGAGACCAUGUUGCUUAUGUAUCUGAGCUACAAGGGGAACAUUUGGGAGCAGAUAUUUCAGGUUUCCUUUCUUCUGGAGAUGAUCAACACAGUUCCUUUCAUUAUUACAAUCUUCUGGCCUUCAAUAAAGGACCUCUUCAUUCCUGUGUUUCUCAACUGCUGGCUGGCUAAGUGUGCGCUAGAGAACAUGAUUAAUGAUGUCCACAGAGCGAUCCAGAGGACGAACUCGGCCAUGUUCAACCAGGUCAUCGUUCUCAUCUGCACCCUGCUGUGCCUCGUCUUCACCGGCACAUGUGGGAUCCAGCACCUGGAGCGAGCGGGCCAGAACCUCUCCCUCUUCAAUUCCUUCUACUUCUGCAUCGUCACCUUCUCCACCGUCGGCUUUGGAGACGUGACUCCACGCAUCUGGCCUUCUCAGCUGCUGGUCGUCAUCAUGAUUUGCGUGGCUCUUGUGGUGCUUCCUCUCCAGUUUGAGGAGCUGAUCUACCUGUGGAUGGAGAGACAGAAGUCUGGAGGGAACUACAGCCGCCACAGAGCUCAGACAGAGAAGCAUGUAGUUUUAUGCGUCAGCACGCUCAAAAUAGACCUGCUCAUGGACUUUCUCAACGAAUUCUACGCACACCCCAGACUGCAGGACUACUAUGUGGUGAUCCUGUGCCCGAGUGAAAUGGACCUGCAGGUGCGAAGAGUGCUGCAGAUUCCCCUGUGGUCUCAGAGGGUCAUCUACCUGCAAGGGUCGGUCCUCAAAGACCAGGAUCUGCUCCGUGCAAAAAUGGACGACGCAGAGGCUUGUUUCAUUCUGAGCAGUCGCAACGAGGUUGAUCGCAUGGCCGCGGACCACCAGACCAUCCUGAGAGCUUGGGCUGUGAAAGACUUUGCUCCAAACUGUCCUCUUUAUGUCCAGAUACUCAAGCCUGAAAAUAAGUUUCAUGUUAAAUUUGCAGAUCAAGUUGUGUGUGAGGAGGAAUUCAAGUACGCCAUGUUGGCUCUCAACUGUGUGUGUCCUGCCACUUCUACCUUGGUCACACUCCUAGUUCACACCUCCCGCGGACGGGAAGGACAGCAGUCUCCGGAGCAGUGGCAGAGGAUGUACGGAUGUUGCUCCGGCAACGAGGUCUACCACAUCCGACUGUGCGACAGCAAGUUCUUUGGAGAGUACAAUGGCAAAAGCUUCACGUACGCCUCCUUUCAUGCUCACAAGAAGUACGGCGUGUGUCUCAUCGGGAUAAAAAGGGAGGAGAACAAGAGCAUCCUGCUGAACCCUGGUCCACACCACAUCAUGGCCGCCACAGACACCUGCUAUUACAUCAACAUCACCAAAGAGGAGAACUCCGCCUUCAUCUUCAACCAGGAGGAGAGGAAGGGCCGUCCUGCUGGAGGAAUCUACGACGGGCCCUCACAGCUUCCUGUGCACAGCAUCAUUGCAAGCAUGGGAACCGUCGCUAUAGAUCUUCAGAAUACAAGUCCACCCAAUAUUUCAGGGGGCAAACUGGUCCCGCCCACCGUGAACGGGACAGGCAGUCGCCGGCCCAGUAUCGCACCAGUCCAAGAAAUCGCCGACUCUGCCGCAAUCCUGCCGUGUGACCUCCUGAGCGAUCAGUCAGAAGACGACACUGUUUUUACAGAUGAGAAGGGAAGCUCGUUCACUGAGUAUGUUAAAGGUUAUCCUCCCAACUCGCCGUACAUUGGGAGCUCGCCCACCUUAUGCCAUCUGUUGGCUGAAAAAGCACCAUUUUGCUGCCUACGACUAGACCAGGGCUGCAUGCACAACAGCUUUGAGGACGCAAAGGCUUACGGCUUCAAGAACAAGCUCAUCAUUGUGUCGGCUGAGACGGCGGGGAACGGUCUCUAUAACUUCAUAGUGCCUCUCAGAGCUUAUUACAGACCCAGGAAAGAGCUGAACCCCAUUGUCUUGCUGCUAGAUAACCCUCCUGAUAAUCACUUCCUGGAGGCCAUUUGUUGUUUCCCAAUGGUGUACUACAUGGGUGGGUCGAUAGACAAUCUGGACAGUCUGCUCCAGUGUGGUAUCAUCUAUGCUGAUAACUUAGUUGUGGUCGAUAAAGAGAGUACGAUGAGCGCAGAGGAAGACUACAUGGCAGAUGCCAAAACUAUUGUCAAUGUACAAACAAUGUUCAGGUUGUUUCCAAGUCUCAGUAUCAUCACCGAGCUCACACAUCCAUCCAACAUGAGGUUCAUGCAGUUCAGAGCGAAGGACUGCUAUUCGCUGGCUCUGUCCAAGCUGGAGAAGAAAGAGAGAGACAAAGGCUCCAACUUGGCCUUCAUGUUCCGCCUGCCCUUCGCUGCAGGCAGAGUGUUCAGCAUCAGCAUGUUGGACACCCUCCUCUAUCAGUCUUUCGUAAAGGACUACAUGAUUCUUAUUGCUAGACUGCUCUUGGGACUGGACACCACCCCUGGAUCAGGAUUCCUCUGUGCUAUGAAGAUAAAAGAAGAAGAUUUAUGGAUCGGCACCUACGGGAGACUGUUCCAAAAACUUUGCUCCUCCAGUGCUGAAAUUCCCAUCGGCAUCUAUCGCACAGAGUCUCACAUUUUCACCACUUUAGAGUCCCAGGUGUCCAUGAGCGUUGACGACUGCGAAGACACAAAAGACAGAGGGGAAGAGCCUCGCAGCAACGAGCAGUCGGAUCACCCCCUGCUGAGGAAGAAGAGCAUGCAGUGGGCGCGGCGUCUCAGUAAGAAGAGCGUGAGGUGGCAGGGGGGAAGCCGGGACUCGAGUAAAGACCACGCCCAGCGCAUAGCCCAGCAGCGUCUCAACCUCUACAGACGCUCCGAGAGGGAAGAGCUGUCCGAGCUGGUCCGGAACCGCAUGAGGCAUCUGGGCCUCCCCACCUCAGGAUACGAUGAUCUGACGAAUCUGACAGCCAGUGAUGUCAUGAACAGAGUCAACUUGGGAUACUUACAAGGUAGAACAUUUAUUUUAGGUACAGUUAAGAGCGUUGGCCAGGUUUUAGACCGAUUGUGUUCGUUUGUUUCAGAUGAACAGAAUGAAAACCAGAACACUUUGUCCUACGUCCUCAUUAACCCUUCACAUGAUACCAGGCUGGAGAUCAACGACAUUGUAUAUUUGAUUCGUUCUGACCCUCUGGCUCACGUCCCUGAGGUGCCUCCUGUCCACAGCAGCAGCCUGAAAGAGAGACACAAGUCCAGCAUAGACACCAAAGAGGACACCCCACUCUGACGCAGCGCUGGCCUUUAACUGGACCGCCUCCCUCCCUCCACCCCCCACUCCCUCUCAGUUGGGAUUUAGCUCUCUGAGUGCUGAAGCCCACAAAUGUAUAAUGUGAGUGCCUACUGCCUGUCUGAUCACAUUGGAUAUCAUGUUUGCCAUUUUCAUCAUCUUGCUGCAAAUGCUGUACAUAUGAAUACUGCAUCACUCUCUUUUCAGCUCUUUGAAUAUGCAGGGAUUUCAGGGAGGCUUAUCCUACUUGCUGUUGUGUUUGGUUAGAAUUAAAAUGAACUUCUUGGAUUUGUAUCUUCACUUUAACCAAACACUUCUAAGUUAAUUCAACUUAAAUCUGGUUUUCAUAUAUUUGGUAAUGAAGUUGGAGGCUUUAUCCCACUUUUUAAGUCUCUUUGCUGUUGUUGGAAACAAGGAGUACAACAGACGGAUGAUUAACUUUUCAGGUUUCACACAUCUGAACAUUUACAACUCUGCUAAAAUCGUGCAGCUACAAUCAAAAAGCCCCAAGUGACUUAAGCUAAAUGUGUGCAUUAAAGCUUUCAGACUCAUUUAUAGAUAAAUCCUUGAGGUAUUCAUUAGUGCCACUAAGAUCUAAGUCAGUGGUUCAUGUACAAAAUGACUCAGUUCAGCUCUAUAAACUGGUUGUGUUAAUAUUCAGCAUCCUACCAUACAGGUUUGUUUAAUUUUUUUGGCUAUGCUCCUAUAGUGCCAGAAAGACUAGAGAUUUGUAUGGAGACUCCAGAUUUUAAGAUUUAAUUUAUUUAAAAAAGCUAUCCAAGUCAAAUGUGAAAAAUAUCAAAAUAAAAGUGAUAUCAAACUUUUUUGACAGCUGGCAAUGAGUUCUUGCCGUCGCCAUUGAGGGAUUUCAUCCCGCUCUUCUUUGCAGAAUUGUUUUAAUUCUGCCUCAACAGUCAGAAACUAAUAAUUUUAUCUUUACGGAUUUGAUGGUAGACAACAGAGCACAUGGUUUAUCAAUUGUGGCAAGACGCUCAGGUCGUCCAUCUGUCUCUGUGCAGUGCAAUGCUAGUCAGCUAGCUGAAUGAAGCUUCCUACUUUUCCCUUUCAAGACAGAAAAAUCCACCUAGAAGUCCUACAAAUGGCAUGUUAAGCAGCUGGUUACCUGAGCAGCUAGGCUGACUGAUUAGCCACCUAAUCUCAAAUUGUUGAGCAAAACUGGGUGUAAAAAGGUGAAAAGUAGGAAAAAAAAAGGUGUACUAUUCAGCACCAUUAGCACUUAAAAACAUUCAUUAGCCUACGUGGGUUUCUAUAAAAACUUUCCUGAUGCCUUUGUACAUAUAUAAAAUUUAUAUAUAUGACUUACAACAUUAAUUUAUCUAUAACAAUUUACAUGUUAUGUUGUUUUAGUCACAUCAGUGACACAGAUUAGCAUACAGUGAGAAUCUCAUACCAGUCCAUGCCUAUUUGUACCACAUCAGGAAUCAGAGAACGUCGUGUUGCUCUAUGAAGGCAUCGCUUAUUAAUUGUUUGACUGUUGAGCACGGUGUGUACCUCUUCGGACUUUUUGCAUUAAGGUCUGACUUUGUACCAAUUUCAGUGUUUACUAUAUUUGUACUUGAUCACAGUUUUAUGUGCACAUUAAAGUGCUCUAAAAUACAUAAAAUC